AUGGGUCACUCACGACGUCCGGUUGGCGGCGAAAAGAAGAGUCGAGGCUUUGGUCGCUCCAAAGCCGUCGCUGAUGUUGGCGACGGCCGACAGACCGGGGGGAAACCCCAGGUCAAGAAGGCCACGUUCGAAAGCACCAAGAAAAAGGAGAUUGGUGUCUCUGAUUUGACGCUACUGAGCAAAAUCUCCAAUGAAGCCAUCAAUGACAACCUGAAACUUCGUUUCCAGCAUGAUGAGAUCUAUACAUAUAUCGGACAUGUGUUGGUGUCCGUCAACCCUUUCCGGGAUUUGGGCAUCUAUACCGACAAAGUCCUCGAGUCAUACCGUGGCAAGAACCGACUCGAAGUCCCUCCCCACGUCUUCGCGGUCGCCGAAUCGGCCUAUUACAACAUGAAAUCCUACAAUGAUAACCAGUGUGUAAUUAUCUCUGGAGAAUCGGGCGCGGGAAAGACCGAGGCUGCCAAGCGCAUUAUGCAGUACAUCGCCAGUGUGUCCGGAGGCAGCGAUUCGUCCAUUCAGCAUACCAAGGACAUGGUGUUGGCGACGAACCCACUGCUGGAAUCCUUCGGUAAUGCGAAGACGUUGCGCAACAACAACUCGUCCCGCUUCGGUAAAUAUUUGGAAUUGGAGUUCAACUCCAGGGGUGAGCCGGUUGGUGCGAACAUUACCAACUACCUACUGGAGAAAUCCCGGGUGGUCGGCCAGAUUACAAAUGAGCGGAACUUCCACAUUUUCUACCAGUUCACUAAGGCCGCCCCUCAGAAGUAUAGAGACAUGUUUGGCAUACAACAACCGCAAUCCUACCUCUACACGAGUCGGUCCAAGUGUUACGAUGUCCCCGGUGUCGAUGAUGCGGCCGAGUUCCGGGAUACGUUGAAUGCGAUGGGUGUGAUUGGGAUGAGCGAGCCCGAGCAGGAUCAGGUCUUCCGCAUGUUGUCCGCUAUCUUGUGGAUCGGAAACAUCCAGUUUGUCGAGGACGAUUCUGGAAAUGCCGCUAUCCCGGAUCAAUCGACCGUCAACUAUGUCGCAUACUUGCUCGAAGUCGAUCCCGGCCAGGUCAACAAGGCACUUACGAUUCGCAUCAUGGAGACAGCUCGUGGGGGUCGCCGUGGUUCGGUGUACGAGGUUCCCUUGAACACAGUGCAAGCCCUGGCCGUCCGCGAUGCUCUCGCCAAGGCGAUAUACUUCAAUCUCUUCGACUGGAUUGUUGAGCGAGUCAACCAAUCUCUGACUGCUCGUGGUACCGUGGCGAACUCCAUCGGAAUUCUGGAUAUCUACGGCUUCGAAAUCUUCGAAAAGAACUCGUUCGAGCAACUUUGCAUCAACUACGUCAAUGAGAAGCUGCAACAGAUCUUCAUUCAGUUGACCUUGAAGGCUGAGCAGGACGAGUAUGCUCGUGAGCAGAUCCAAUGGACACCCAUUAAAUACUUUGACAACAAGGUCGUCUGCUCUUUGAUUGAGGAUAAACGUCCUCCCGGUGUCUUUGCCGCUUUGAAUGAUGCCUGCGCCACUGCGCAUGCUGAUUCUGGCGCCGCGGACAACACCUUCGUCGGCAGAUUGAACUUCCUCUCCCAGAAUCCCAACUUUGAGAACCGCCAGGGUCAGUUCAUUGUCAAGCACUAUGCCGGUGACGUGAGUUACGCUGUCGAGGGCAUGACGGACAAGAACAAGGAUCAGCUGCUGAAGGAUCUGCUGAACCUCGUGGGUUCGAGCAGCAACGAGUUCGUGCACACGCUCUUCCCCAACCAGGUCAACCAGGAUGACAAGAGACGCCCUCCCACUGCCAGCGACAAGAUCAAGGCCUCCGCUAACGACCUUGUGGCGACCCUGAUGAAGGCGCAGCCUUCCUACAUUCGUACCAUCAAGCCCAAUGACAACAAGGCACCCAAGGAGUACAAUGAAGGAAACGUGCUGCAUCAGAUCAAGUACCUGGGUCUUCAGGAGAACGUUCGGAUUCGCCGCGCCGGUUUCGCCUAUCGUCAAACUUUUGACAAGUUCGUGGAACGCUUCUAUCUUCUCUCUCCCAAGACAUCCUAUGCCGGUGAUUAUACAUGGACGGGCGAUGCGGAGUCUGGUGCUCGCCAGAUUCUGAAGGAUACCAGUAUUCCACAAGAAGAGUUCCAGAUGGGUAUCACUAAGGUCUUCGUCAAGACCCCUGAGACUCUGUUCGCCUUGGAGGCCAUGCGUGACCGGUACUGGCACAACAUGGCUAUCCGUAUCCAACGCGCAUGGCGCAACUACCUGCGUUAUCGGAUCGAAUGUGCCAUCCGUAUCCAGCGCUUCUGGCGGCGGAUGACUGGUGGUCUGGAGCUCAUUAAGGUGCGAGACCAAGGUCACAAGGUUCUACAGGGCCGCAAGGAGCGUCGGCGGAUGAGUUUGCUCGGAUCGCGUCGGUUCUUGGGCGAUUACCUGGGCAUUGCCAACAAGGGUGGACCGGGAGAAAUGAUCCGCAACGGUGCAGGCAUUGGUUCGGAUACUGUUCUCUUUUCCUGCCGUGGUGAGGUGCUGGUGUCCAAAUUCGGUCGGUCUAGCAAGCCGUCGCCCCGUAUCUUUGUCCUGACCAACCGCCAUUUUAUCAUCGUCGCACAAAAUCUCGUCAACGGACAGCUUGUUAUCUCUGCGGAGAGGACGAUACCCAUUGGCGCCAUUAAGAGUGUCAGCACAUCCAACCUCAAGGAUGACUGGUUCUCGUUCGUCAUUGGUGCCCAGGAGCCUGACCCCCUGAUGAACUGCGUGUUCAAGACGGAACUUUUCACCCACCUCUCGAACGCGUUGCAUGGACAACUGAACAUUAAGAUCGCUGACCACAUCGAAUAUAACAAGAAGCCCGGAAAACUCGCCACUGUCAAGGUGGUGAAAGAGCCCGGUUCUUCCAACGUUGAUACAUACAAGAGUAGCACCAUCCACACCAGUGCGGGUGAGCCUCCCAGCUCUGUCUCCAAACCGACUCCCAGGGGCAAGCAGGUGGCUGCCCGUCCGGUUACCAAGGGAAAGCUUCUUCGCCCUGGCGGACCUGGUGGUGGACCUUCGAAACUGGCCGCUCGACCCAUGCCUGCGCGUCAGCCAGUGCCGCAGCCAGCUGCGAGCCAAGCGCCCGCACCUCAGCCCGCGGCGGUUCCUCGACCCGUUCCUCAGCCUGUCGCUGCCGUCGCAGCUUCUCACACUCGCACUGCUUCGUCCGGCUCCAUGCGGGCACCCCCUCCCCCUCCACCCGUGAGCCCACCGGCGCCAAAGAAGCCGAUGGCCAAGGUGUUGUACGAUUUCAGCAGCGCCCAGUCGAACGAGCUCUCCAUCAAAGCUGGAGAGCUCGUGGAGAUUGUGUCCAAGGAAGGAAACGGCUGGUGGUUGUGCAUGAACACGACAACAUCCGUUCAGGGCUGGACUCCCCAAGCGUAUCUGGAAGAACAGAAAGCGGCGCCGCCACCACCUCCCCCGGCGGCCCCGCGGUCGACCCCCGCGACGAACGGCACCGCGACCGCCGCUGCCGCCAAAGCAAAGCCCGCCCCGCCGGCACCACCCGCGAAACGACCCAACAUGGCAGGCCGCAAGAUGGCGCCUCCACCGCCGUCCGCGCCGCGGGACAGCGCUGUGAGCAUGAACUCGCAGGACUCGUCUGGGGGCAGUGGCCGUGGCACGCCCAACAGUGCGUCGAACGCUAGCUUGGCGGGCGGCCUUGCGGAGGCAUUGCGGCAGCGCCAGGAAGCGAUGCACGGGAAGCAGGACGACGACGACGAGUGGUGA